ACUCUCGGUUUCGAUCCCCCUCCAAUCAGGUUGUCCCAUUCACUCGGCGGACUCUGCGGUUUGUGCUUCGAGUCCAGUUGCUCUUCCGGAAUCGUUGAAGAGCGCUCAGCAGCACGUUUGAAUUUCGUUUUUUUUUAAGUGAUUUUGAGUUUCAAACGGUAGUGCCGGGCACAAGUUAGCAUGUGUUAACAUGAGUUUUGUGGUUCCUGUGAGAGAAACGCAGCAGAAAAUGGAAUAUCAGUUACCGCCGCCGCCUCCUGCAGCGGCCCCAAACCUUAACGGACACCAGGUACCCGUGGGAGUUAUGCAGGGCACCCUUACGCACGUUCAGACGCAGGACGAAUCGCACAGAUGGACCCAGUACCAACAGCUCUGGAGACAGCAUGUUUACAUGAACGGAAACAGUAAGCCCCCACACCCCCACGGCCAUGGGCACUCAACAAUUAAAGAUUUGGCGGGUGGCAUGUUAGGAGAAGACAAAAAUAAAGAUGACGGCGAACUGUGGAAUACGGUGGAGGCACAAACUGCAUUCCUCGGACCAAACUUAUGGGAUAAGACUUAUGAAACAGACCUUAAGUAUGUGGAUCUGGACGAGUUCCUUUCAGAAAAUGGCGUGUCAAUGGACGGACUGGGAUCACAUGGGUCCUUAGGCCCGCUUGGAAACUCGCACCCCCUACCUAAACGUGAAAGAUCUCCAAGUCCGAGCGAUUGUAUGAGUCCGGACACUAUUAACCCCCCCUCACCUGCCGAUUCUAGUGAGUCCCUAGAUGAGGAUCUAAAGCCGCAGCCCAUAAUCAAAAAGUCCCGAAAACAGUUCGUGCCCGACGACCUCAAAGACGACAAGUACUGGGCAAGACGCAGGAAGAACAACCUUGCAGCUAAGAGAUCGAGGGACGCCCGCCGCAUGAAGGAGAACCAAAUCGCUCUUCGAGCAGGAUAUCUCGAAAAAGAGAAUAUGGGUCUCCGCCAAGAACUGGAACGACUGAAAAAAGAGAACCUGAUGUUACAAAACAAAUUGUCAAAAUAUGAAGAUGUUUAAAUUUACUGAAGACAUGGUCUCUGAUAUAUUUUACACCUAACAACCGAUCACACUCAUCCGACUCGAAACUUUAUUCAGUGAAUAAGUGUUCCUUAAAAAAGGCAACCAAACAUUUGUAUAUAAACAUACACAUUUUAGUAGUCAUCAUGUAGUGUUAAGUUUAUUACUUUAGUAGAAUGAAAUUUUUAAAUAUUAUUUUUUGGAUCCAUUUGGUCAGAAAUAAUUUAGUAUUUUAUGAAUGUAAAGAAAUUUACAAUUAGAUUUAAUUUAUUUCUUUAAUACUGUAACAUAUUGUAUAAAAU